CUACUAGCCAAGCUCAAACCACCUAAACCUAGGUAUAUACGUCUCUCACUUAGAGAUGGACUCGUAUCAAAUGUUGAUGAUGUUGAUCUUCCAAGUCCUUCUGCAUCUGUUUCCGAUAGCAUUUAAGCCUUUGGUGCCAAAAACUUCAAUCCUGAAGAAAUGGUUGUUCUCUUAGGUUGUCAUACAGUAGGAAUAUCACAUUGUGAAUUCUUUGAAGACCGUUUGUACCAAGGUGCUGACCAAUUUGAUCCAAAUAUGGACUCAACCUUAAGAACACAAUUGAAGCCGGUAUGCCCUCAAGGCAUGGGAUCAAACAACGUUACCUUUCUUGAUCAAAAUCCAUCGAGCUCAAACAUAGUUGACAACUCUUUCUUUGAUCAAAUUGUCAAGCAAAGAAGAAUUUUGCCAAUUGAUCAAGCACUAGCUCGUGAUAGUGAAACAAAGGUUUUUGCUCAACAACUCGCCCAAAAUCCUAACACAUUCGCUACUAAAUUGGCUAGUGCCAUGGUGAAGUUGCAAGCACUUGAUGUGCUCACUGGCAAUCAAGGGCAGAUUAGAAAAGUGUGUAGUAAGUUCAAUUAGAGUGUUUCAUUUCAUUUAUUCAUGGAUGAGAAGAAAGUUGGAGCUUUAUUUAAUUUGAUGCACAAGAUUUUGAAUGUUUCGACGAGGCAUUCCAAAUGAUAACGAAGAGUCAAAGACUACUUGAUCGGCUAUUAUUUCUAACAUGUAUUUGUUACUAUAUGUAACCGUUGUAAUAUAUAUUGUUGUGAUUUGUGUCAAUAAUACAUUUUCAAUUUUGCUUACUAAAAAGAAAGCAAUGUUCUCUAUCUAAUGAAAGGGGGGUCCGCUUUGAAAUCGUCCGCCCUGCACCCACCCCCCCGAGUAUAUGCUUCAACAGGAAUCGCACAAGGUGAGAUUGAUACAAUAGAAAC